AUGUCCCUCGCCGCUCUCAUCAAUGCUGUUCGCAACAUUGAUCGUGGCCCUGCCACCGCAUACGAGGCAAACAAUGACAAGCUGUUGCUUCGCUUUUACGAUGUACUAAUGCGAACCUGGCACCUGGGCUUUACGUCCUUCGGAGGGCCUCCUGUCCACUUUCGAAUUUUCUAUCAGCGCUUUGUAGAGGGUCUUGGAGGCAAAACACCAUGGAUUGAUGAGCAAACGUACCAAGAGCUUUUUGCCUUGUGUCAAGCUUUGCCCGGCCCCGGAAGCACCAAAAUGCUCUUCUGCAUGGCCCUCAUCCAUGCCGGCUUUCUUCCCGCCAUAGUUACCUUGCUAGCCUGGAGUUUGCCAGGCGCCGUGGGCAUGUUUGGACUUUCGCUGGGAGUUCAAAGACUGGAUGAGCUGUUACCAGACAUUGUAUAUGCUCUUCUAUCUGGCUUGAAUGCUUCAACCGUUGGCAUCAUUGCAUUGGCAGCAGUUCAACUAGCGGAGAAGUCUAUAAAAGAUAACAUAACCAGAAUCCUUGUUAUUGGCGGAGCGUGUGCCGGGCUGUGUUACAAUGCCUUGUGGUACUUUCCAACGUUAAUGGUAAUAGGUGGCUGUUCGACCGCCGUAUGGGACCUUUACGGUCGACGAAAUGUUGCAAAGUUGCGCAGGAAGCUCCGAAGGCAAGACAGAGCUGCUGAGCUAAAUACUGAAGAAGGCACUGCCCAAACAAGUAUACCACUCCAACAAGCGUCAACUACCACGGGUGUACAAAGACGGACGGUCUCAAAAGACGAUGAUGCACCGGAUACAUCCGAAAGACAUCCAGGCCCUCCUAGUGAGUCAACUGGAGAUUCUAUCCGUGUCGAUACACAAUCUCAUUCUCUGUCGCUGAAGUGGGGUAUCUUAAUCAUCGUGGGAUUUUUCGCGUCUUUUAUCGCGAUCUUGGUAGUACGAGGAACCAUGGAUAAGCCACCGCUUGAGUUGGAUCUCUUCACAAACAUGUAUCUGGCCGGAACCAUCAUUUUUGGUGGUGGGCCUGUUGUUAUCCCCCUUCUUCGAGAAUACGUCGUGGAACCUGGCUGGGUCAGUGCCAGGGACUUCCUUAUCGGUCUAGCCAUCAUUCAAGCGUUCCCCGGGCCGAAUUUCAACUUUGCGGUGUUUCUGGGGGCAUUGGCAGUAAUCUCAACCAGCUCUCCAACGAUACUUGGCGCCUUUUUAGGAUACAUCGGUAUUUUUCUCCCCGGAAUCACAUUGGCCGUUGGAUUUCAGAGCUGUUGGCGGGUUAUAAGAAAGUAUCCAAUUACGACCAGCGUGCUCCGCGGGAUGAAUUCAACGGCUGUCGGACUCGUCUUCACAGCCGUUUACCGGUUAUGGGAGAUAGGAUACUUGAGUUCCGAUGCUUCUUCUGGGCAAAGUUUGGGAAAAGAACCUUUUUGGCUGGUUGUGGCCGCGCUGACAUAUGCUGAGAACGCUUGGUUCAAUGUACCCCCUGCUAUUGCAAUUAUAUUUGGCGGUAUUCUAGGAUUGUGCUGGUACGGCGCUGUGGGAAGAUAA